GUAAAAGAUGAAAAUGGUAUUGUCCCAGUUUGGUUUCCCCUCCCAUCAUGGCGACAAAUGAAACAAUUCGUCCAGGUCGUUUAGCUGGUAAAAUCGCCAUCUUAACAGCUGCAGCACAGGGCAUAGGACGUGCCACAGCCAUAGAAUUCGCCAAAGAAGGCGCAAGAGUUAUUGCGACCGAUAUAAACGAAGAUAAAUUGAGGGAACUUAACGAAGUACCAGGUAUUGAAACUCGAGUAUUGGACGCCACUGACAAGGAAGCAAUCCAGAGAUUAGCGGACGAUUUCAUUAGAAUUGACGUGCUUUUCAACUGCGCAGGCAUUGUUAUCAAUGGUUCCAUACUAGAUUGCAGCGAGGAGGACUGGGACUCGAGUUUUAAUGUCAAUAUCAAAAGUAUGUAUUUUAUGUGUAAAUACUUCAUUUCAAAGAUGCUAACUCAAGGUGCUGGGUCCAUAGUCAAUAUGGGUUCAGUUGCAUCAAAUGUCUUGGGUCUUCGCAAUCGAUGUGCAUAUUCUGCAACCAAGGCUGCAGUUUCUGGCCUCACUAAAUCAAUUGCUGCGGAUUUUGUGGAUAUGGGUAUUCGAUGUAAUUGUAUAUGUCCUGCUCGCAUUGAGACGCCAUCUCUUAUUGGAAGAUUUGAAGCUACAGGUGAUCCAAAGGCAGCCAGGGAAAGUUUUCUUCAGUUGCAAAAAAUGGGGCGUUUUGGUAAGCCAGAAGAGGUUGCAAAUUUAGCCAUUUAUUUGGCAUCUGAUGAAUCCGCCUUUACCACUGGGCAAGAAUUUGUUCUUGAUGGUGGGCUGGCCCUACCAUAAUUAGUAAAUGCAAGUUUGAGAAAACAAGUUAUUUUUAUGAUUUAACUGAUUGUAACUACUUUAAUUGUGGCUAAUAAAUGGAAUAAGAUAAACUACAGAAA